AUGCACCUCUGCGGUCUUGCCUGGCAAUUUGUCUUCACCUCCAGAUGGAAUCAACCCUACUACCCGCCAGUCAACCACAACGCUGUGGGCCGCCUGAAAGACACGGCUACCAACUUGAAGAGCAACCAAGGAUUCGCCAUGAACAUCAUCAGCGAGGCAUUCGUCGAGAAUGCAAAUGCGACUGCCAUAGACACUCCUCCUGAGUUCAACGAGUGGGCUUUCAGCGGUCUGACAAAGGAGAAAUGCGUACGUGUGCACCUUCAUCAUAAGAUAUAUGGACUUGCGUUCAGGUGCAAAAUAAGAGCCUCGCGCGAGGUAAUUUCAUUUCAGGCCGAGCCCGCUCGUUCGCUGACAUCGUCGCCUCAUAUAUAAAUUGAUAGAUAUCACGCACCCAGUCACAGGCGAGCACAACAGC